UAAAACUUCCUUGCCGGACAAGUUGACCUCUCUAGGCCGGCUCCUCUUUCCACCUCCUCCUCCUCUUCAUGCAACCCUAGCCAGUGAUCGAUGGAGGCCGAUCACCUGAGCUCCGACUCUGAGGAACCGGAGGUGGGCGUGCCUGGAGAAAGCGGUGGCUCGAGCACUCACGCCGGCCGGUCCUACGACUGCAUCUUCUGCAAGAGAGGCUUCUCUAAUGCCCAAGCCCUAGGAGGUCACAUGAACAUUCACCGGAAGGAUAGAGCCAAGUCAAAACAGCCCUCCAAUCAAAGCCAGUUCCCUUUCGACAUCUCCAACAAGUUUGCUCCCUCGAAUUCUCCGACCCCUAAGGACUACCCAUCCCAGCCGAUGCAUGGAAGCCAUGAUAGAGGGUGCAUGUCCACAUGGCCAUGGAUGGCUCCAAAUGAACCAGACAUCGACCCUGCAAAUAGGAUCACUGACGAAGGUGGGCCUAGGCAGAUGCCUUUGUUUGUUGAGAGGCCAUCACGAGCACAAGAGGUACAGCAGCCGGGCUUUGGAGCAGUGGCAACGGAAUUAGACCUUGAGCUCCGACUAGGAGUACCAGCUGAACCAUCUGAUCAUAAUGUCUCGACGGCAGGCUUCAGGGAGUUUUUGUGAUGCUGCUUGCUAAUUGGUUGUUAGAAAGGUAUUGUUCUCUUCUCCCAUUACCAUCUGCUUUACAAAAGGGAAGAACAUUAAGCUAAGAAAAGGCACUGGGUAGAUGUUCUUUAUUAGCUUCGACGCUUGUGGAAUAUAUAUGCAUAGUGAUAGAAUUAUAGUUCCUACUUACCUAUAUCGUUUGAUGUUGCUGAAACUCUUAUUUGCUUUUAGAUUUCCAUUAUAGUUUAUAUAUUUC